AUUUGGACCUCGAGAUUUCGGAGCGACCGAACAUCCAUGGCGACUGUGCAAGGACUGUCCAGCUCCGACGACGUAAAGCCUUCUGAGGAGGCGAGGAGUGAUGAUGUCGUCGCCGCUGUUGGUGUCGAGAAGAUCGCACCAGAGAUGGCGGGACAGGAGUUCGCCGUGGGACUGUACAUGUCGAUGUGGCCGAAAGUCGAAAAGUGCGACCAGUACGUGUCGAUGCUGCUCGAGACGCAAGAACAACUGCACAGCAAGAUCAAGGCCCUGACGGAGACGCUCACGGGAACCGGUGACGACGCAACGCUAGAUGAAUCGCAGUCCCCACUAGUGGACUACGCCCUGCGGUUGCGCGAGUUUCCGAACCGCGUCCAAGUGCUUCAAGCGAAGCUGGAAGGCAUUCGGACGCUGCUGAAUGCAGUCAAGUCGUCCCAGCUGGGACCCACUCCAACCACCCCCGUCAAAGGUGCGCUGAAACAGCAACCAACAGCCACCGAUCCAGGUACUGUUGGGUCUGCCACCGAAUAGACUUUUCCGUUAUCAUGGGACGAGGAGACAAAAGCAAUGUGGAAAGUGAUAAGCCAAUGCAGCUAUAUUUAAUGUGGUGUGGCGUGCGAAGUAAGCAUGUCAGCGUG